AUGAGAGAAGAUGAAAAAUUAUCGCGGUUGUUGGAUGUUCCUCGGCGUAUUUUGGAGGAUCACGUAUUGGAGAUUGUUGGUGGUGAGAUGGAGGGUCACGCGGCUGGAGAUUUCCAGAAAGAUGUCGCUUGUUCAGUGAUGGCAGCCAGAGGUGAAGCAGAUCAGAGGAUUAUGUUACAGUUCCGGUGGAGAUGGGCGGUGAGAGGUUUAAGGUUAAGGUUAACUGAUUUUAUGGUUUUAACAGAUCCUAAGGUUUGUACAGCAGGUUCUAAGAUUUUGCAGGUUGAGGUUUUUUUACAGGUUAAGGAGGUUCCAAGUUUUGGUAACAACAGAUUCUAUGCUGGUACAGGUGCUAAGUUUCGAUAG